AUGCUUUUCCAAGCAAGUCACGUUCCGUCGUCGUCAGAUGACUGGGAGGCGGUGUGCUCGUCGCACGGAGAGGAGCGUGGCAAGAGUUUCGACCUGGAGUUGAGCCGCUACAUGAUGCAGACCAUCACCGACGUCAAGUACCUGAUCAAGAAGAGCAAGUAUACCGCAGUCAGCGAGGUCAAUUUCCAUCGCGGGUGUCUGGAUGCGCACAACGAGCUACGUCAAAGAUACGGUAUGCCCCCAUUGGCCUGGUCGGCCGAGUUAGCCGACAUGGCGCACGCGUGGGCAGUGAAACUCUCCGACCGAGGGCGAAUAUUGUAUCCUGAAUUACCAGGAAUUGGCGAAAAUAUUAUAUUAGCGGAAGCUAAUGAACAGUCACACCUUCCGACUGGUGCCGAGGUGGUGAGCGGUUGGGAAUCCGAGGCCGGUCAGUUCGAUUUCGAUCGACCGCGUUGGAACCCGAAAUGUCAACGUUUUUCUCAAAUGGUCUGGCGAGACACAACGGAAAUGGGAGCCGCCAGGACAUGGAAUCAGACAAAGAAUUGUGUCGCUGUUGUGUGUUUCUACCGACCAAGUGGGAAUUCGAAUGCUCCUGGUGAAUUUGCCUCAAACGUGCCCUUACGAGACUGCUCAAUGUCUCCAGCUCGUAGCCUUGCCGACCAAGUCAAACGUUCCGUUACAAUAUCAGCCCCACCAGACCACAAGAAGGGCACGUAA